UGGAAAAUAUUUUAAGGCAAAACCUUGGUGCAGGGAACCUGAGAGUAGUAGUGGAGGCCAGACACGACAAACUCCAAUCCCAAGGAAAGUGAAAGCUUCCUUAAUUCACGUUAAGAAUCCAAUCCUGUCUUCUUCUUCUUCACCUUAUCUUUUCUGUUACUAUUUGACGUGGUUGCAUAAAAUCAUUAGAAGAAAGUCACAAAUAAUUUUUAUCUUUCUCUUCUCUGUUCAAAGGUUUUUAAAGCAUCAUACACACACAUAUUCUCAUCAAUCAGAACAGAAUGGCUAAUGUAGUGGAACUCAAAGUUGGUUUGCACUGUGACGACUGUAUCAAGAAAAUCCUCAAAGCCAUAAAAAAAAUUCAAGAUAUUGAAACGUAUAACGUGGAUAUAAAGCUGAACAAGGUGAUUGUUACGGGCAAUGUCACAACAGAGCAAGUUAUCAGAGUCCUUCAAAAAAUUGGAAAGAAUGCAACUCCCUUUCAACAAGAUCCACCUCAACACCACAACUGAAAUUCAAUAUUUAGUAUAAAUUUUUUCUUUCUUUUCUCAAAUUAAAAUAUAAUAUUUUGUACUAUGUAUGAGCAUGGUAAGAUUCAAUAAUAAUGUAUGGAUCAUUUGAUUAUAUCUAUCUAUACCUCUGUUCUGUUAUGUAAUAUUAUUCUUGGAUUUCAUGUACAUAAAUUAUAAUGCCCAUUUAUAUUCAAAUAGUAUCCAAUUUAAAUUAAUUAACACAAGUUUGUGUGUCACUUAGCUAAAUUCACUGAUUGUACUUCAUGUAUUUCUUCCUUUGUUGCACCUGAUUUUUUUUUGUUGACUUUCACCACCGGUAUCUGGUCAUGGACCGCCUAAUUUGGUUAGGGGGUCAAUUCUAACAUCAAGUGGUUUCAGCCCCCUCACAAUCGCAAUUGCGGAGGAUCGAACUUGUUGCACCUGAUUUAGCUGUUUAAUGAAAUGAGUUUACAGUAAAAAAAACUUAUAUAUUUAGUCAAAAAAAUAAAUAAUUACUUGUAUAUGUGAGGUGAUAUCCAUAAAUAACAUUGUUAUAGCCGCAUGUUUGUUUAUAUUAUAUGAAUAAUAUUACCUUUAUUAUAUUAUGUUUGAAUUUGAAUGUAACAUUGUUAUAUAGUGUCUUUGUAAAUCCAUAAAUUAUUUGUAAUAUAUAAAUGCUGAUCUCUAGUUAACAUUGUAUUGUAACCUCUGGAUGAAAGUUGACACGAAAGAGUUACCCUUGAGUUUGCAUAUAACAAGAGAAGUUGAAGGAAGACCAACCAUGAAACAUGUCAUUUCCAAAAUACAAGGCAAGCCUCUUAUUCCCUCACCACUCUUAUCAAUUAUCAUCUUUCACAAUCUUAAUCUUCUUCUUUUUCUUCCAAUUAGAAAUAAGUUUUCAUUUUUUCCAAUCUUCAAUUGAUACAACAACUUCAUAUUCACAUAAUAAAAAUGCAAAUUGGAAUAUUAAAUUCUACAAUAUUAUGCCAUAGUCCUUAUGGUAUUACUCACAAGAGUGUGUGGGAGUUAGGCAACCCUCUUACUUCCCCAACUCCUCUUCUCCUUCUGCAGAUCUCUAUGAUUACCGUAGUCAUACAGUUUUUCGAUGCUUGUCUCAGACCAUUAGGACAAACCUCCCUUGUAUCUCAGAUUCUUGGAGGAUUGGUAUUUGGUCCAUCAGUUUUGGGACACAAAAAGAUGCUGACAAGUAUUUUAUUCCCUAUGAAAGGUUCUGUAAUACUUAAAACAAUGGCAACUUUCUGUCUCAAUUUCUUCUACUUCAUAUGUUGUGUAAAGAUGGAUACAGUCACAAUGCUGAAAACAGAAAAACAGGCCAUCACAAUCGGUAUUUCUGUUUUCGCGUUAACAUUAGGAGUCCCUCUUGGAUUAGCCUUUGCAUUGAUGAAAUAUGUAGCCAUGGACAAAACCCUCUCGGACGCUCUCCCAGUAAUAGCUGUUUCGCAAAGCUUAACCGUAUUCAUCAGCAUAUCAGUCCUUCUAGCAGAGCUUAAAAUCCUUAACACGGAUGUUGGACGUCUAACCUUAUCGUCAGCAAUGUUUGCUGAUGUUGUUAGCUUCUCUAUGUCGGUACUUAUGUUUGCAGCAUUGCAGACUAAAGCUGGUAAUAGUAGUAUGAUAACAAUAGUGUGGAUCAUUUUAUCCAUAAUUGCACUCUUUAUUGUUAUCGUAUAUGUAAUGCGGCCAGCUAUACUAUGGUCUGUAGCACGACUACAUGGAAAGCCUAUCGAUGAAGUUUGCAUCCUUUGUGUAAUUGUAUGUGUUCUCCUCACUGCAUUUAUUAGUGAAUUCAUUGGACAGCAUUUUGCUAUGGGACCAAUUAUUUUAGGCUUGGUUGUUCCUGAAGGGCCGCCUUUAGGAACAAGUUUGAUAGCAAAAAUGGAGACUGUUACUUGUGGUUUUUUGUAUCCAAUCUACCUUGCUGUCAGUGGAUUGCAGACUGAUGUCUUCAAAAUCAACAUUCAGUCUACUUGGAUUGUUACUGUCAUAGUUAUUGCCGGUUUCGUGGUGAAGAUCGGUGGUGUUAUGUUGCCGGGUUAUUAUUACAAUGUCCCUAUGAAAGAAUGUUUUAUGAUUGGGCUCCUUCUUAAUGGAAGAGGUAUAGCUGAGCUCACCAUGUACAAUAUAUGGAAGGAAGGCAAGAUACUAACAGAACAAGAAUUUGCUUUGAUGGUGGUGUCUCUUCUAGUGAUAAAUGCUAUCAUAGCACCACUGAUAAACUUCCUAUUUGAUCAUUCAGCCCCAUAUAAUUCAGGAAAGAGAUGUUCAAUACAACAUACAAAGCGAGACUCUGAGCUCCGAAUCAUGGCAUGCAUUUACAAAGAUGAAAACAUCCCUACAAUGCUCAAUGUCAUAGAAGCGUCAUGUGCAAGCAAAGAAAGCAAUGUUGCAGUUAUAGCACUUGUCCUUGUAGAGCUUCUGGGAAGAUCAAGGCCUAUUCUCGUUGCUCACCAACCGCACGAAACGCUUCGGUCAACCAAAUGCCAUUCACCUCGGCUCGAAAAUGCAUUGAAACAAUAUGAACAGCUAAAUGAAGGGUGUGCAUAUAUUCAAUCAUUCACCUCAAUCUCCGACUUCGACACAAUCCACGGUGACGUUUGUCAAAUAUCGCUCGACAGAAGAGCCAACAUUAUAAUAAUGCCAUUUCACAAAAGAUGGGAGAUAGAUGGCUCGGUUGAGGUAAACAAUAGAGCAGUCCAAGCAAUAAACGUUAAAGUUCUCGAAAGAGCGCCUUGUUCGGUCGGAAUCCUCAUCGACCGAGGCAUCUUAAGCGGUUCUCCAUCGCUUUUAAUAUCUAAUAAAUCAACAUACUAUGUAGCUGUGCUGUUCAUAGGAGGUCCAGAUGAUGCUGAAGCACUAGCCUACGCUAGUAGAAUGGCUAGACAUGAAUGUGUAAGUGUAUCAGUAGUCCGAUUCCUUGUUUUCGGAGAAGAGAAUUCAAAAGAUAGAAAACGUGACAGCGAUCUUGUAGACGAAUAUAGAUACUAUAAUGUUGGAAAUAUAAGGUUUGAGAUAACAGAAGAAGUUGUGAAAGAUGGAAUAGAAUUUUCUUCUAGUAUAAGAAGAAUGAUAGAUUAUUUUGAUUUAGUUAUUGUUGGGAAGGGACAUCCACAAUCAGUUUUGUUACGCGGACACGAUCAAUGGAGUGAGUGUCCCGAGUUAGGCGUGAUCGGUGAUAUGUUGGCUUCACAGGAUUUUAUGACAAAGGCAUCUGUGUUGGUUGUUCAACAACAAAGAAUGGGAGGGAGAUUGGUUAACCCUAAUAUUAAUACAUUGCCAAAUCAAAGAGGUUCUCCUGAUGUUUCAAUAAUGGAUGAACCACCAAGAGCUUCUUGUAGUAUUUCUGUGGAUAAAUAUGACAAAAUGUAGAUAGAUUUAGUUUUUAUAUUUCCAUUGUUAAUAUUUUUUUUGACAGGACCAUUGUGAAUAUGGAUUUUCAUUUAGAAAAUUAAAAAUAGGAAGUUAGUUAAUUCAACGCCUUAAGAUUUUGGGUUAAAGUGUGGUGUCCAACUCACUUGUAUAGUUAAGAUAAUUCAAUCAAUGUAAUGUAUAGUUUUGUAAGUGACUGUGGAAACAUUUGAUGUGUUUGGGUGCGAGUUGAAACUCACAAUAUCUAUAUUUUAUGAGUUUCAUGCUAGAUUAUUUGAAAUGUAUAUUCAUUAGUAGUACAUGGUUAAUCCAUUAUCCUUCUU